UUUCUCUCUCUUUGAACCUCAGUCUCUGACUCUUCUUUUCUAUCUUUGUCGAUAACACUGCUGUUUUUGGAGAUGUCUAAAGAGGAGCAGGUUGUUUGCAGUCUUGAGGAGCAUUUCCAGGGACCAACUGUCACAUUCAGAAACUUGCACUACUGUGUUCAGGAGAGGAGAUUCUGCCACAAGAUAGGUGCUGAAAAAUAUAUCCUUAAAGAUGUGAGUGGCAUCAUGAGACCUGGGAUGAAUGCCAUCAUGGGUGCCACAGGAAGUGGUAAAACAUCGCUACUGGAUGUAAUUGCUGGAAGAAAAGACCCUGCUGGACUGCGGCAAGGAAGCAUCUUGGUGAAUGGCAGAGUUGUCACAUCUAAACUCAGGCUCAGCUCCGCCUAUGUGGUUCAGGAUGAUAUCCUGAUGGGCACUUUGACUGUGAGGGAGAAUCUGUUGUUCAGCGCCAACCUCCGUCUCAACCCUAAGCAUCACUCUGCCACAGAAAAACACAGCAGAGUAGAUGCAGUCAUACAAGAACUGGGCCUUACAGACUGUGCUAACACUAAGAUAGGGACAGAGUUCCUGCGUGGUGUAUCAGGAGGUGAGAGGAAGAGGUGCAGCAUCGGCAUGGAGCUCAUCACUUCUCCCUCUCUGCUGUUUCUGGAUGAGCCGACCACUGGGCUUGAUUCGAACACUGCAAACAGUAUAAUCAGUCUACUGUACAAGCUGUCUAGGAGAGGUAAGACUGUCAUCUUCUCCAUCCACCAGCCGCGCUACUCCAUCUUCAAACAGUUUGACCACCUGACUCUGAUGCAUAAGGGGGAGGUGGUGUAUGCAGGAGCGGCAGACCGUGCAGUGGAAUACUUCACAGACCUCGGCUACCAUAUCGAGCCCUUCAACAACCCUGCUGAUUUCUUCAUGGACAUCACAAAUGGGGAAGCAAUAUCCUCACUCGAGUCAUUCACAAUAGCUGAAUAUAAAAACCCAUGGGCAACAAAAUAUCAGCAGUCACAACUGUACCAGACAGGUCUUGAGGAGUUAGACCAUGUGACACAGACCAUUUCUGAAGAGGUCAAAGGUCAAGAUGAGGUGGUCGACUACGCUACCUCUUUCCUCUAUCAGAUGCGUGUAGUGUGUGGCAGGACAAUGCUGAACAUUCUGAGAAACCCUCAAACCUCUUAUGCACAACUGGGUCUCAACAUCAUUUUCGCAAUUCUGGUGGGACUCAUUUAUUACCAAAUGCCCUGGACAAUGCCCGAGGCUUUUCAGAACCGGAGUGGAGCCUUCUUCUUCCUUACCAUUAACAUGGUGUUUGGCAAUCUCUCUGCUGUUGAACUCUUCAUCAAUGAAAGAGUGAUCUUUAUUCAUGAGAACUCCAGUGGCUACUACCGCACAUCUGUCUACUUCCUGUCCAAGGUCUUUGCUGAUCUAAUUCCCAACCGCAUCAUCCCCAUCUUUGUUUUUUCAUCCAUCGCCUACUAUAUGAUGGGGUUGAAGCCUGCCUUUGAGGCCUUCCUGUGUUUUGCUCUGACCAUGUCUCUGGUCAGUCUGGCAGCAGUCAGUCUGGCCUUCCUCAUCUCAGCGAGUGUUUCCUCAUUUGCCAUGGCUAAUAUUCUCAUUGCUCUACCCUUUGUCUUUAUGAUGGUUUUUGGUGGUUUUCUUGUCAAUCUCAAUACCAUGCUGAACUGGCUUUCCUGGCUGAAAUGGAUCAGCAUCUUCAGAUAUGGGCUAAAUGCUGCAUUCAUCAACGAAUUGAAAGGACAGGUGUUCUACAGCAAUGGCACCAUGUGAGUGUGAUAACAUAGCCACUUUUUAAAACACAUCAACCCCC